AUGGGCUGGGUACACAAUAGUCCCCCUGAGGUAGAAGCUGCAUCUCAGUACCCUCUUAUUCUGGGGGUAUGUCUGAGUCUUACUGUGUUGAUGGUGAUUACGGUUUGUCUGCGGUUGUUUGUUCGAGCCCAAGUCGGACGGUUAGCGGCAGCAGACUAUGUGAUGGUUGUGAGCAUGAUUUUCAGCAUUAUCUACAGUGCUCUUUGUAUUUCCCAGAGUCGAUAUGGACUUGGAUUACCCCUCAAACUGCGACCCGAUGCGGACUACAAAACAUACUCCAAGAUCAAUUAUGCGGGACGUCCGUUCUAUCAAAUCGGAGUCGGAGGGUUCAAGGCUUCGCUUUGUCUAAGUUAUCAUCGACUGAUCUCAGGAACCUCGAAACGCGUGUAUCGAAAUAUUAUUUGGACUGUCAUCGCGGUCUCCAGCGCAGGCCAUAUCGCCGGGGCGCUCAUCUUGAUUUUCAAUUGUACACCGGUUCGACGAGGGUGGAAUAUGCACGUUCCUGGAACCUGCCUUCCCGUGGGAGAAACAUUUUACGGCCUUGCCAUAUUCACUAUACUUUGUGAUAUCGCGAUCAUUGUACUGCCGAUUCCACUACUGCUCAGUUUGAACAUCAAACCCGCCCAGAAAGCAGGUGUGGUAUGCCUGUUUCUGUUGGGCCUGUUUACGACGAUCUGUUCGAUCCUCCGACUUACCCAGAUCCAGCGCGUGGCAUUUGGAGACGGAAACUCAACCAUGCUGGUGCUAUGGGGAACUAUUGAGUUCAAUGUGGGAAACAUUGUUACCUGCGCGCCCUACUUGGCGCCUUUGCUCAAGGGUUGGGUCCGAGGUCUCAACUCGAGCAGCGGAAAAACGAAGAAGUAUUACAUUAACAGCCAGGGCCGAAGUUAUGCAUUGGAAAAUUGGACUAAAGAUCAACGAUCCCAUUUACAGUCUACGGCUUCAGGUCCAGCGCAGCCGAGACGAACGCCGAGCGAAGAACUCAUUCUGGCCAGCCAAGAGCCUGAGCAUGGGUGCAUUGAGAUGACAGUGGAGUACAGUGUGUCACUCGAAGGCAGAUCGACGAAGCAGAAUACCUGA